AGCUCCGCGGUGCCCCGGGUGAUCCACCAGACCUGGCAGACCACCGAGGUGCCGCAGAAGUGGGCGGCGGCACGGCAGUCGUGCAUCGACCUGCACCCCGACUAUGAGCACCGCCUGUGGACCGAUGCCGAUGGCCUCAAGUUCAUAGAGGACCACUACCCCUGGUUCCUGCCCACCUACCUGUCCUACCCCUACAACAUCCAGCGCGUGGAUGUGCUGCGCUACUUCAUCCUGCACAAGCUGGGCGGCAUCUACAUCGACCUGGACAUGGGCUGCCGGCACAGGCUCGACUUCCUGCUGCACCACAACUUCACCGCCCCCAUGACGCACCCGGUGGGCAUCUCCAACGACGUCAUGGCCGCAGUGCCGGGGGACGCCUACCUGGCGCACGCGCUGCCCCGCCUGGCGCGCUGGAACCGAUGGAUGGGCAUCAAGUACAUCCAGGUCAUGUUCAGCACGGGCCCAAUGUUUCUGACGGUGCAGUACAGCCUGUUCCCGGGGCGGGGCGAUGUCGCCAUCAUCCCCAAGCCCACCUACGGCAAGUACGACUUCACCGGGGACGCGUACUUCUACCACCUGCACGGUAGCUCCUGGCACGCAGACGACGCGCAGCUCAUCUUCUGGCUGGACCGACACAAGCUGGUGCUGGUGCUGCUGGGCAGCCUG